CAGGCCAGAGGCCCCUCCCAGGGUCCCAAGUUCAGCUCCCCCUCCCUUCCUGUCCACACACACACCCUGGGCAGCCAUGGAGUGGGACCUCUCUGCAGCUCUAGGUGCGGACCCCAAGAAGACCGCGAAGGGCGGCCCCCCCAAGCCUGCGGAUCCCGGAGCCAGCAAAGCCAGGGCCGCAUCCUCAGACUCCAGCAGCAGCAGCAGCAGCUGUGGCUCCUCCAACAACUCUGACGCGGAGGGGAAGCCGCCUGGGCACCAGAAGGAGAAGAAGCUGCAGAAGAUGAAGAAGCCCAAGGAGAAGAAGAAGGAAAAAGUGAAGGAGAAGAAGGGGGAGAAGGAGAAGAAGGGGGAGAAGGGGCACCCCUGAGAGAGCAUUAAACAGCCCAUGGAGACGA